AUGAACGCUUACAGUUUCACCCAGGCCACUUCAGAGGCCCUCUCUCAACAUGAUAUUCUAAAAGAUGUGCUUCACGACCCUCAAUUCAAAGCUUGGGGUGUCUUGGCUGCAGAAUAUUCUAAAGAUGCCCCAGUCGCUAUGGGGAACACCCUUUCUGUCGAGAAGACACAGCUAAAACCAGUAAUUCAGUUCACUUUGAACCCAGAGGAAAAAUCGCCAAAGGUUCAUGAUAAAGAUUUGUUCACUCUAGUAGUGACGGACCCUGACGCUCCAUCUAGAACCGACAAGAAAUGGUCCGAGUACUGUCAUUAUGUUGAAGCAGAUCUGAAAGUUCUCGACCAUUCAGCUACUUCUUCUGCUUCUCACGUUAGUGAACCUCAAUUUGUAAGCGCAGAGCUAAAAAACGGUACUGUCUUGCAACAGUACCAAGGUCCUGCUCCUCCAAAGGGCACCGGGAAACACCGCUAUGUGUUUGUGUUAUAUAAGCAGCCAGAUGGUGUUACAGGUAAACAAUUCACUACUAUCAAGGAUAGACCUAACUGGGGUUUUGGUGAACCUGCUACGGGUGUACACCGCUGGGCUACGGAGAACAAGUUAGAACCUGUCUCUGUCAAUUUCUUCUAUGCAGAAACUAAAUGA